AUGAGUCAACAUUGGACAAAGUUCAUUGACCAAACAUUGCAUUCCACAAAUGAUACUAUUAGGCGCCUUAAGGAACGCCAGGCACACUAUGAAGCUGCCAAAAAGCGCGUCAAUGACGCCUUUGAAAAUUCGGAAUUCACAUUUUCUUCCACUGCCCCUCGUGUUAAUGAGUCUUAUCGGAAUGUGAUGCCAUCCUCUAAGAAUGAAAUAAAGCGGAGUGGAAGUUCCGCUCGCGUGACCUCCGAGUACACCAAUGGCUCCCAAAUGAGACUACCACCGCCGCUUCCCCCUAGUGUUAUUGACUACGCAUUGUUUGGUGAAGAAACGCACACGAACUUGCCCCUUAGCAAUAGUGAAAUCCGACGACACUCGUAUUCCUCCCGCGAGGAUCGCGAUCUGGCGGAGGCCUAUCGUGUGGUGGAAAUGCAGCUCAAGAACGUCACGGCCGAGUUGGAGCUGGUGCACACUAUUCACAAGGACCGCGAGCGCGAGCUAUCCGACCGCUUCUCAAAACAGAAUGCGGAAAUCAAUUCCUCCUUGAAGGAAUUAAAAAUGGAAAACGACCACCUCAAGGAUUCCAUGCGAAUUCUAGAAAGUCGGCAAGCCCAGAGCAACCCCGCACUGCAUGACACCGUCGGGGCCUUAUCCCUUUAUCUGAACAGCGCGGCCCAUUCUCAAUCUGCGUUCGGCGCCAAACAACCGCUAAAGGAUUUUAAACCCCAGGCGUCUUCUAGGGGGUUUAAUCUGCCUUAUGUAUCGCCUGUUGAGGCCAGCGUCUAUAGCGCCGGAGCGGCCAGCGAUCACCUCGCGGCGAGCUCGCUGAGCGCGCUUUUUCAGCGGGUGGGCGAUCUCGAAACGAGUGCCCGUCAGCACCAAAAAGCCCUAGAAACCCGCCAACACCAGAUGGGCCACACCAUCCAUGAGGCGGUGGAGAACAAAAUCAAUCUUGAGAUCGAACGCGUUCGCUCCGUCGCGCGCGAGGCGGCCUGCGCGAGCACUGAAAGCCUUAUUCAGCUCCGCCUCAGCGCGGUGCAAACGAUGUUUAACGACGAACUCCGCAAGGUAUUGGAGUCCGCCGCCGUCGCGCGCGAGUUGUCGGAGGGGAACGAACGCCUAUUCCGGAAAUGGGAACAAAAAUGGUCAAACAAGUGGCUAGAAAUGGAGGAUCGAAUGCAGGGGGUGGAAAAGUUCACCCAAACCGUGCGAGAAUCCCUGUCAAGUGAUCUACAAAAAAGUCUCGAAGGAGAUAUCAAUGCGGUACGGCAAGAGUUCACCACGCUGCGCCGUGAAACUCAGGACGGCAGGGCCCGACUCGCUCAGGAAAUCGCUUCCAAAAUCGAAAGCGGCCGCUUGGAUGUGAUGUCGACGGUGCAGAAUAUGCUCAGUGAACAACACCAUCAGGAAGGUUUCGUUCAGGAGGCGGUGGCGCGACGUCUGAUCGAGUCCGCCCUCCAGCCCCUGCACACUGGGCUGGAAAACGCGCAGCAUGGGCUGCAAUCCCUGAGGGAAUCCAAUGAGGCCUGGCGUACCCAAACCCUUUCGCGCCUUGGUGAGCUCGAGGAAGGGGCAGAAGGCGAAAAGCUAAAGAUGGCCGAGGUGCGGCAGACACUUGCCUUGCAGCCCGCCGUCCUGGAGCGCAUCCGGGCCCAAGUGAAGGAAAGCACCCAAAAACAGCAGCAGCUCGACGCGGAUUUUCACGAACUCCACGCGGCCGCCUCGGACGCGAUCGACGUCGCGCGCGGGCGGGAAAGCCAAGACGCCGAGCAGCGCGCGCACUUCGAGGGGGAUCUCCGUCGCCUUCAGCAGGCCCAGGAAGGUCAAUCCAAGCGGCUCCACAUUGUCGAGACCGCGCAGGAUGCACAGCGGCAGCACCUCGAGCAGGUGGGAGAAACCGUGGGCUCCUUGGAGGUGACCAUAGGCAGAAGUCUGCCGCCGACAACCCAAAAACUCAACACUCUUCAGCAAACGGUCCACCAGACGUGCCUGCCGCAAAUUGAAAGCCUUCAGCACGAGAUGUUGGCCGCCACCACCCGCUCGCAGCAGCUCCACGAUGGUCGGACCUAUCACGAAAAGCUUGUGGGGCAGCUGUUGGUUGAUGUCAAGAAGGACGCCGAGGCUCGAAUGCAGGAUAUUGAAAGCCGCAUGCGGCAGGAUUUAGAAGAAGCGCAGCUUCGAUGGAAAACUAAUUUGGGAAGCCAUGCCGCAUUGCUCACUCCGAUCACCAAGAGCGUCGAGACGCUCAUGACGAAGGCAUCUCUUAGUGAGAACGCACAGAAUAGCAUGUCGGAGUCGAUACAACGAUUGGAGGCAAACGUGGCUACGCUUGAGGCAUCCGCGUCUUCGGAUGCCGAUGUAAAAUGCGCCGUCUCUCAAUCCUCCGCGGCACUUCUGAGCAAAAAGAUUCAGGACCUUGAAAUGGGGCUUCGCGCUCGUGAGGCGGACGACCCACACGGCCUCACCGUGCGCCUUGACCUUCUGGAUUCCGAGCAGCAGCGGCUGGGGCAAAAUGUGGUGGCUCUCCAAGAUCAGCUCUACGAAGCCGUUGGGAAGAUCAAACACGAAACCCAACUUCAUGAUGUCUCCUUAAAAGAAUAUGCGAUGGCGACGGUGUCCAAAAGUGAACAUAGAACUCUCGAGCACAUUAACUCCACUGCGCAUCGCAACGAAGAGUGGCUGAAGGAGCUAAUCCACCCAUCCUGCCUUGUCCAACGCAUCGUGAUGGAGUCGUCGGUGUUAGGCCUUCUCGCCAGGUCAAUUCAACCCCACCUAGGGUUGAGCGAUGAGAAACUCGCCUCCAUUGAUGCCAUGUCGGAGGCGCUGCGCAUCUUCGAACAACAGCAAGUAGAGCUAAAGCGCGGUCUGGAGGCUCUUAAAGAUGAUUCUCAGGGGGGUGGAAAGAAGGCAAAGGCCUUUGAUAAUGAGAGUUCUGGGGGGGCGCUGUUGACCCUGGCGUGUGGUUCCACCUCCUCCCAGAGCACGGCCGAUGCGGAACCGACCACAGAGGUCCCGAAACCUGGAAAGGAUAGGGAUCUUUUGCUGGAGCAGAUCCGGUUGGAGAACGCGCACCUGAUUCAACAGCUGAAAGAACUGCCCGACAACCUCCGCCACGCGGAGCAGCACCUCAAGGAGCAAAUCCUGCAGUCCCGCACCGCCUCGGAGGAGGCCACCUCGUCUUUGCUCGUCAAGGUCGCCGCGCUGGAGGCUCAGGGCGCGAGUUUGACGGACACCUACGCGCAACUGCACAAAUCGGUGGGCAAUCGACUGCAGGCCGCGCAGGAAGCGACGGAGCAGGCCCACGCCGCCGCUUUUCAACAACUGCGGGCGGGGGUUCGCCGGCUGGAGGAGUCCCACACGACGCUCGCGGAGAACCACGGCCAACUCGCGGAGGCCGUGCGCAAGGUCGGCGCCGAGGGCGAGCAGGGCGGUCGGAUGCGGGAGGCGCUGACGGUGAAGUUGGCCGGGCUCGAGGGGCUUGUCGUCACGCGGCUGGAGGAGGUCUAUCGGGAUAUGAUUGAAUGGCAUCAAAACCAACUCGCAACCCUCGAGCAGCGGCUGGCGCGGAGGGCGGUGGAGGAGGACUCCCGGUGGGGCGCCCUUCGCGAGGAGAUAGAGCAGAGAACGAGGGAGGUGUGCGACGCACACGUUUUGACCGCGAAUUCUACCCACGCAAAAGGGACCCGCCGCGGCGACGAUGCGCAGGACCGCGACGCGUACACGCGGGUGGAGCUCCUGGAAGGAUCGCAUAUCGCGCUCGAACAAAAACUUUGGGGUGUGGUGACAUCGAACGAAGUCGGAUUAAAGGCGACCGCGGACGCCCUCACCGGACUGCGCGACUCUCUGCAGCACUGCGUGAGCUGUGUGGUGCAAGAAUUACAAAAUGAUAGCCUUAUGCUGCGCAUAGUUAAAGGUGGGAACACCCCCGGCUCCUCGCUCGUGAUACCUGGCCAAAGAGAGAUAAACGAAAACAAUGAGACGUUGCCCAAGCUUGAGGCCCUUGAUCAGGUCUUUGUGCUUUUAAUGAGGCAAUUCAGCUAUGUUUGUCAUGGGCUUUCCACUUUGCAGGAAAACGCCUUCGCAACGCUGGAGUUGGUGCAGCAGCAAGAAAUGAGCAUCCUUGCCAUCCCCACGCUUCAGGAGGCAUUUUUACAACUUGCCUCUCAAAUGAGAAAAGUAAGUAUGGCCCUUCCGGAGCUGGGGGAGUGGGAUGUGGGGAUUGAAGAAAUGAUACAAUCGACCAUAUUGAAACAGCAAGAUACUGUUGUUGACGAACAAAGCGAUAGAAACUAA